CAGGUCUGUAUUAGGUGAGCUUUGGGUUAGUUUGAGACUGUCUGCUGCCCGGACCCUCGAGAUAAGAUCCCAUCUCUCUCUCUUCUUGGUGAGAUCUCAGGAAUCAACUAGUCAUGGCUGACACAGAGGAAAUGGUGGAGGAAGUGCAGGAAGGUAAGCCAGUUUGAGAUGUGUACCUAUUCAUGCACUAUUACUAUAUUUGUCUUCAUGGAAAUGGAGGCUGGUCCAGAGGAAGUUUUUUGUGCUGUCAGCUUGUGUGCAUGUGCUAUUUUAGACACUUUAGAUGUCCAAGAAUUGCUUUUGUCCUCAGCUACAUGUCCAGUAGAACUGAGUUACUCAAAGGUUCAACUAAUAUAUGUUCAGGGUGACAUUGUUACAUCAAGUCAAGUCAAGUGUGUCCUGUCCAUGUCCAUUUCCUAUUGUCCCAGAUGUCAGUCACCUCAUUCGUUUCUUGUGUGCUGUCCAUAAUGAUCCGUAAAUGUAAAAUGUAAUGCUCGUUGUUUGGAAAUAUCAUGGAAACCCAGGCUCACUGGAAAAACAUACCUCUGGCGAUAAUUCUGCAAAAUGAUAUUAUGUUUCUUCGUUGUACAUUUCAUGACACUUGAAAAGUGAAAUAUCCAGUGAGUGGUGCUAAAAAAUCUGAAACCGAUUAACGUGAAUCUGACAACGUUUGGUUGUUUGUAUCACAACAGUUCGUUGAGUGACGGUUUGACAAUAACGUAGCACUAAAUGAAUAGGUAGUAGAAGCACGUUUUUCCGAUGCGCCUGGGUUGAAUUCAUGGCGUAGUUAAAAUGAUCAUGUUAAAUUCAUUUAGCGCAUCAUUUGGUCCACGUGAUCACAUGCAAAUGGCAUUAGAUAGCCUAUUGGUGAAAUUAUUUCUCAAAAUGUCAUUUACAAGCUGUUGGGUGGAUCUCAAUGUUCUGACAAAGGUUAAAGAUGAUCAGAUAACGUGAUUCAGCAUCUUGAUUAUGCAAAGACUGAUCAAAUGCUUCUGAAUGUAUUUGCUACUAAUGGUUAUUAUGUUCACACUGUAGUGGAGGAAACCGAAGAAGAAGGUAAAACCGUGUUCACCGUGUGUUGUGUUGCUUUGCAUGAAUAUAAAUUUUAAAAUUAACUUAAAUAUAUUAGAUUUAGAUAAUAUUAAUACAGCAUAUGUGGCCUAAAACCAUUAGAAAGGUCAGUUUCAUUCUGUAGACUAGUCUUUCGUAUAAAUGCAUGCAGAUAUUUCAGUUUAUUCUCACAGUUAAUUCAUUUACUCAUCCUUAUUUAUGCAAUUAUUAUUCCUUCCUUCCUUCUUGCAUUCAUUUGUUCACUCCUCCUCCUGAAGUGGAAGGUAAUUUUUUAAAACAUACACUUAGCAAUACUUGCAUUCAUUAAUUUAUGCACCCAUUGUUUCAUUCACUUCAGUAGUAAAUUCACCAUUUCAUAUCAUUGAAAACAAAGUUAGCACACCUUCAUACAAAUAAAUUUGCAUGACAUUGAAAACACAUUGUAUUACACUCCAUAAUAAUGGUUUCUCUUCAAUAGUGGCACCUCCAACAGAGGAAGAACCAGCCCCUGAGGUGGAAGAGCCUCCGGAUGUAGAAGAGGAGCCAGAACCUGAACCAGAAGAAGCGCCUAUAGAGGAGGAGGCCGCAGAUGAGACAAAACCAAAGCCGAAAUUCAUGCCCAACAUCACUGCUCCAAAGAUUCCUGAAGGAGAGAAGGUGGACUUUGAUGACAUUCACAGGAAGCGUCAGGAGAAGGAUUUAUCUGAGCUUCAGUCUCUGAUUGAGGCUCAUUUUAUCCAGAGGAAGAAAGAUGAAGAGGAGCUGAUCGCUCUGGUCAACAGAAUUGAAAAGCGCCGCGCGGAGAGAGCGGAGCAGCAGAGAGUCCGUACAGAGAAGGAGAAGGAGAGACAAGCCCGUCUGGCUGAAGAAAAGGAGAGAAGAGAGCUAGAGGAACAGAGGAAGAAACAAGAUGAAGACGCCAAGAAGAAGAAAGCUCUUACCAACAUGACACACCAGUACGGAGGAAUCCAGCAGAAGGGCGAGGGCCGCAAAGGGGCGAAGAAACAGACGGAGAGAGAGAAGAAGAGGAAGAUCCUGGCGGAUAGGAGGAAGCCACUCAACAUCGAUCAUCUGUCUGAAGAUAAACUGAAAGAGAAGGCCAAUGAGCUCUGGCAGUGGAUGAUGCAGCUGGAGGCCGAGAAGUUCGACCUCAGCGAGAAACUGAAGAGACAGAAAUAUGACAUGAAUGUUCUCCAGACCCGAAUCAUUGAACAACAGAAGUUUGCCAAAGGUCGUGGCAAGGGCAAGGUUGGCGGCAGGCUGAGGUAAAUGUGCAGCGAAUCGAAACACCCCAGAGAUCCAGAAGACUUCGCCACCUUCAUCACAUAUGCAGUUGUAGUCAUUAUAAAGCCAUUGUUCUGUUUGACUGCACUUGUAGAGACAGUAAAGUGACAUGUUUUACUGAUGUCA